UAAAACGUAUAACGAUAAAAAAAAAAAACAAAACGCAACAAAAAAUAUGUUUCAAAUUCCACGACCAACGCGGGCAACACUGCUCGGCGCUGUCAUUGCGCUUGGCAUGGUGAUGUUAAUGUCCUGCGUGCGUCCUUUGGGUGUCCUGUUCCUGGGCCUGUUCAGCUAUUGGCUCUAUUGGACACGGUGCAGCUAUAGAGUGGUGCUCACGCCACAGCUGCGCGAAAAGCUCGAGUCCUGGCUGCAUCGCGCCGUCGAUUGGCGCCACAACUCGCCCAGCAUGUUCUGCUUGGUCAGCGCCGGCUGCCUGGCCACAAUCGCCGUUUUGGGCCACCUGUUGUCCGGCUCGGUGCUGGUGAUGACCCUGCUGGUCGUCUCCGCCGUCGUCUCCACCAAAUACAAUUUUAAGCUUGUACAUAUCGAGCGCAGAGAUUUCCAGUGGUCGGAGCGCAUCAACUACAAUAAUGCCGUGUCCGAGCUGGACGAUGAGUUCCUGCCGGACGUAAACGAAUCGAAUCUGUUUGUGCUGGAGCGGGCCAGCGAUGUGGCCACCAUCAGCUCACCCACCGAUGCGGACGGCCUUGGCGAUGGCGACGAUGACGAUCGCAGCGACGAUGUGCCCUCCGAGCUGCUGAUACCCGAUUGCAUACCAGAGAUCGAUGAGCAUUCGACGGACGAGGACGAUGAGCUGGUGCCCCUCUCGCAGUCCAAGCAAACUGCGGAAGCACAACAGCAACAGCAACAGCAGCAACAACAACAACAGCAAUACGAACAGAGCCGACAGGCAAUGGACAAUGGCUCCACAGCGGACAAGACAAUGGACUUUCGCAGGGGUCACUUCAAGCGUGACUCCUCGCUGUCCACCACCUCGUCGUCGUCGGAGGAGAGCCUGUCCAAGGGCCUGCAGUUCCCCGACCACACCAGCGUCGACGCUGGCGGCCCCUCGCUGCGCCAGCUGACCGCUCCGCCCACUGGCGCUGAUACUGCCAGCAGUAGCAAUCUAUUGACGUUGGCUGUCAAAACGCAAGCGCAGGCGCUGCUGCCCAGCCUCGUCUCCAACCUGGUGCAGUGGGGUGCCAGCGAGCUGGACAGCACCGCCAAGCGGCGCCAGGUGACGGCGCUGGACUCGUCCGAUGAGAGCGACUUUGAGAUACUCGAAACGGACGAUUUUAAAUAAACUGCUGUACGCGGGGCGGCGUACAGUAUUACCAACUAAUAUCUAUCUAUCUCUCUCUAUAUAUAUACAUACAUAUAUAUGCAAUAUAUAUUGAAAGAUAUAUAUUUAUUCACAUAUUGCAUACAUACGCCUGUAGAAAUCACAGAUGCACAGAGAGAGAGAGAGAGAGAGAGAGAGAGAGAGACAGGGGGAGAGAGAGAGAGCGAAAGAGAGGGAGCUCGGAUUUGGUGGUUCUUUCGUUGCGGGCCAAGAAUUUUGUAUGCCAUAUGAGCAGACGGUCUUUAAUUUGAUCUAUGUAUAUCGUAAAUGUUGAUUAUAUAGCUCCAAUAUAUGAAUGACGUAUUUAUACACAAAUGUCGAUUUCUUGCACCCAUUUUUGGGUUCCCAUUCCCUUUCAUUCUCUCUGCUGUUUGUGCUCUGUAUAUUAUUAAUUAUAAUUUUUACUGUAAUUUUUUUUUUUUACUUUUAAUCGUAAUUGGAUGUUUGUUUUAUUAUCAUUGUGCUUUGGAGCAGCGGUUAAGUUACUAAAGACGCAAAUUGAAAUUUUGAUUUGAGUUUCGUUUACGAUUUCUAUUAGCUGUAUGCAAAAAUGUAAAUAUAUUAAUAUUCAUACAUACAUACAUACGGAUACUCAUGCAAAUGUUGAGCUACUUAAUCUAAAACCCUAAA